AUGGAGAUUUGGCAUUGCUUGUGUAGGGGCAUGUGGCGAGGCCAGCAUAACAAGCUGGAGAUCCUUGACCCUUUGUUGGUGAUGUUCACGUUAGAGGCCUCAGUCGUGGUGACCUACAAGACAUGGCCCUUUGUUUGGGGUUUGGACUUCAGCUGGUUUGGCUCAAAGACAGUGAGGCAAAAAAAGCAGGCUGCAGGAGUCUCGUGCUUCUGCUCUAUUCGCACCGCCAUGGCUGAGGAGUACAAAUCCCGCUUCCAGGCGGCUCUGGGCGAGCUCAACUUUGGGCAGCGCUGCCAUAAGUUGGCCCAACUCGGCAAGGAGAUCAAGGCUGCCAAGCCGGCAGAUCUGCAGGCCAUUUUGGAUGGCCUGGUGCCGGACUAUGAGAACGACGCUGCCGGGGUGGCGGAGGCAUUCUCAGAGAAAGCGCGCCUGAUCGUUGCCAAAGCUGCUGGAUGUACAGGAUAUGCCAAGAAGUUGCUGGAUGCUCCUUCGAAGACUGUGGGUUUCUCUGCGGCCACUGGGGGCUUGUUGACACCAGAGGAUGCGAGGACAGCCUUCCUCUCGAGUGACACAAGCCGCAAGAUGAAGAAAUUCCUUCUGCAGUGCGACAAGCUGGAGUCCGAUAAAGAAGUGCUGGAGCACGCGUUUGAACUUUUUGGCCAAAAAGACAAGGAGAUGUUCUGGCCCCUGCUGGCACGUUCAAAGUCGGAGGAGUUGCUGGAGCAGUACUUGGAGGAGGAUGCACCCAUGCGUGAAUGGCUCAGCGCCAACCACGACGACAAGGUGCCAGGCCUGCCACAGUUGGCCCGACGCUUCCCAGCCUUCAUGGUGAAGCUGGUGACGAACGGCACACUGAAGUGGCGCUGGUAUUGGGUCACUGAAAUCCUCGAGCAGGAUCCCAUGCCCGUCUUGCGUGCGACGCUGGUGGAGAAUCACAUGCAGGGAUCGGGGCCAAAGAUGGGCUAUUCGCCCACCAAGAGAAAUCAGGACUUCUACUCGACCUUGGCCCAUUGGGGUUGGCGCCGCAAGCCGGAGAUGAUGUUGGAGCUCAUUGAGGAACUGGCCGCUGGAACGACGACGGUCAGCACUGGGCAGUUCCGCAGCAAGGGCCGCGGCAAGGGGAUGGUCCUCAUGCAGAAAGGGCGUGGCAAGGGUUCGUCGAAGACCCUAGGCCGAGAGGAGUUGCCGGGUGUCGACCAGAUCAUCCGCCUGAGCCAGCAGGUGAUGUCAGUGCACUCCACGCGCCACCCCUUGACGACCAACAAGAAAAUUGCCUUGUUGAUGAAGAUUUGGUCAGUGCUGCCAGAGUCGCACAAGAAGGAGCAAGUGGCUUCACGGUUCGCUGACUUGUUGCCGAACUUCUCAACAGAAGACCACCGCAAGAACGAGAUCACGAACCUCAUCGAUGCCUUCUGGAAGAUUCUGGGUGACGUAGGUCGUUCGGACCGUCAGAUGCUCUUGGUUGGUCCCUUGGUGGCGACGGGGGGGCCGAACUCUGAGAAGAAGCCCACGCAGUGCACAGAGUUCUUGAAGCUUUUCACCAGGCGUUUGCCACCACCUCUGGCCGUUGAGCAGUUUUUCAAGGUCUUGGAGGAGUUCGAGGCCGCCACUCCUGCUUACCAGUUCAUCCAGAGUGACAUUUGCAAGUCCAGCAACGGCCGGCAUGACGAGCUCAUGAAGAGUGUCUUCCAAAAGUACUUGCUGAAAGAAGACGAGGGCCCUGUGAAAGCGGCAGAGAUGUUCAAGGUCUUGCUGAAUGAUGCCCGUUCAAGAGAUGUCAUCCAGAGCUCAUUCGACAUCCUCACUGACCAUCUAGAAGGUCACACAGAGCUGGGGCUCUUGCACACGGUGGUGCAGCGCAUGGGCGAUCUGGAGAAGCAGAGCCGGAAGAAGGGCACUCGUGAGAUCACCCCAGAGGAGACAUUGGCAGUGCCCAUCGAGUGGCUCCAGUUUGUGGAGCUGCCUGAAGAGGACAAGGGCAAGGGUGUGGCUCCUCACAUCCACUUCCUCCUGAUGGUCUUGCACACCGGCCUUGGUGAGACAAACUUGUUGGGCUCGAUGCUGCAAAAGUUUGGCAAGGCCUUUUUUUGGGAUUGCUUCGGCCACGUCCUGUCAGCCGUGCAGGGCAAACUCUUGCCAGGGGCUGUUCCAGCGCCGGCCUUGCAUGCUCUGGCGAACCUGAACGUGAAGGUCAUGCAGGAAGCGGACCUCAAGCUGAAGGGCGUCACUGGGUCGACCGGAGGAAGCGGCCGGCGACCCUCGAAGGGCUCCUUCGGCGUGGGCUCCGUGAUCUACGGAGUGGAUGGCACCAAGUGGGGCACGGUGGUGGCAGCCGAGGGCGGAGUGUGGAAAUUGGACUCUGGCCGCAUUGCCAAGAAGCAUACUGAAGGUGACAAAUGGACAUGGGCUGGUGGUGCCACAACCAAAGGUGAUGAAGGCGCAUGCAAAUACUUCCAGAGUGUGGCAGAUAUGAAGAAAAAGGCCAAUGUGAAAGAUCUCAGCUAUUCUGAUCUCAUGGCCCUUGCCGGGAAGGAGAAGGAUGCAGCGAAAGCUUUCGACGAUUUGCUGCCAUUCCUGCUCUCCCGCUUUAAUGCAGAGCAAGAGGGUGGUCGAUCGCACAUCCUGUCUGAGCUCUUUGCGAACAAAAAACUGCCAGAUGAUCUUUGGGAGGACUGGAUAGUGGACGGCGAGCCAGCGCCGGAGUACCCCACUGAGUCUUGUUUGUUCGGCUUGGAGGUGAGCCCAGAGCUUGACUUGCCAGAGCUCUUGGUGAAGUGCCAUCACAAGAUCGAGACACUCAAGGACCUGGAGAAUGCCACACGCUGGGUCUUGGAAACUGCGGUGCCUUUGUCCGGCGAAAUCUCUGCCUCGCCGUUGGAAGACUUCUGGAAAGUCUACAAGCAGAAGUCCAGCACAUCAGAAGAGCUUGCUGUGAAGGAGCGAGGCAUGGUGGUGCGUGGAGUUCAACGUGGCAACUGGUUGGAACUCAUUGAGGGUCAAGGCUUCAUGCUCAUCGUCUCAGAGAAAACGGGCUUGUCCAUCAUGAAGCAAGACUCGGGCAACACCGGCGAGAGAGGCCUAUGGGAGACGUAUCCUUUCGUCAGCGAGUGGUGGCGUAAGCUCCUCUCCCAGGGUGUGAAGCAGAAAGCCAUUGACUUCGUCUUCGUGGGCAUUUUGACACUCCUCACUGAUCGUCAACAGCACUACAUUGCAGGUGACAAGAAGCUCUCUAAGAGGUGGUGGGCACCUUUGGAGUGUGAUGAGUACAAGGAAGCCGUGAAGAACAUCCUCGAGAACAUCGAGUCGGGCGUGAUCCCCGAGAAGGAGGGUUCAGCAAUGAUCAAGAGGCGAGUCAAUGCGCUGAAGAACAUCAACAUCAUGACUGACCUCAAGUGGAAGGUUCUGGCGACGAAGCGCCGGGAACGUGUGGAAGAUCGACAGGCCAUUGAGAACUCCACAGGAAUGUCCCUCUCACAGAUGAGCUUUAUCCAUUUGCCUGCGAUCAAGUGGGUUGAAGGGGAACAGUGGGACAUCCAGAAACAUCACACAUACGCGCCGAUCCCGUGGCAGACGGGUCGCUGCCGUGACGAGAUCGCCACUCCAGAACUGGAGACCAUCGCCAAGCUCUUGCAGCGCUCCGGGAGGCGGCAAGUCCUUUGGCAGAUCGCGGAGAUUGCUGCUAUGCUCUCCGGACCAAAGAUGAUCCAACUACUGGAGGCGAGCAUCGCGCUUCUGGAUGCACGUUUCGAAGGAAUGGCGAGAACUGUUGGAAGGCACUACCCAUAUUUGAACUCCGCUCUCACCAAGAAUGAGUCUCAGAAGAGCAGCAGCGAUGUCCUGACGCCCUUGGUAGAGCUCCUGCUGUUGGAUGACUCCACGCGAGAUGCGUGCGUUGCCAAGCUCAUGGAACGAGAAGACUGUGAAUUCUUCCUCCUAUUCGGUGCCAGCUUUGGGCGACAUCUUAGUACUGCUCGGCAAGAGUGGCUUCACAAGUGCCUUUGCAAGCUGAAAGCACCUACUGAGACUGAUGUGGAGUUCUACCACUACCGCAAGCGUGGGCCGAUGCUGAGCCAGAUCGCCCGCUAUGGCAAGGGUGAUCCAGGAUGGAGGGAUGCUUUAAAGACGGCCAAGGGGGCGGUGCAAUUGUACCUGUGGCACUCACUCACGCAGACCGAGUUCUUGAAGAAAGCACUGUGGUCGACCGAACCCGAAGAGUUGACCCUGAUCCCGCGCCUGGAAUUCGCCGACGGCGUGUCACGCGUCAGUGAGCUCUUGAGCAUCUACCCCAAGGAGCAGACCACCAAGGACAACAGUUCUGACGUUUGGGGCUGGGAGGUCAUUCAGGCUGCAGGGGCCUUCAGUGACAUCAACCAAGAGGUUGAACGGCGCUUUGCGGAGAUGCCAGAGCCAAGCUUCUGCGACAAGGUGGAUGAUCCUGAGGUGGAGACUCUCUUAAGCGCUUUGGGACGCUCAGACAACGCGGCCAGUGCCAUGAAGGUCUUGGGUCCCCACGCAGGGAAGGUAAAGCAAGCGAAGGAAGCGGUCACAAAGAUGAUCUCACAGCUCAGCCCACCCCGAGCUCGCGUGUUGAUCCGUCAAGUGAUGUUGCCCAAGAAGGCUGGUGUUGGCUUGCAAGUGGCAGGUCUGAAGAAGAUCGUGGACCUGCGCAUCCCGGACCCGCUGGAGCUGUACACUUACGUGUGGCGCAAAGGAGAGUGCCAGAGAGAUGUGGCAGGCAGUAUCCUCUCCAAAGUCGCGACAUCCAGCGAGUUCCGCCCGGAAGAUGUUCGCAUCUACUUCGAUUACUUCGACCGCACCGACAACCCAGAUGACCAAGCGCACGUGGCGAAUACCUUGUUGGACCAGCUCAUCGAACAGCCUGAAUGGGUCCUGCCUUAUCUGCCCAAGGUGGUGUCAAAGCUGGCUAUGGUGCCCGGUGCCACUAUGAAAGCUGUGCAAGGCUUGACGCAUUGCACCUCCAACGUCACCGAUGUAGUGGAAGCAUUGACGAGGGUAUUGCAGGCUUGUCGCUUAGCCACUCGCACCGAUCCAAAGAUGAACAAGGAGGGCACGGAUGGACGAGUCCUGGCCGACUUGAUCAGCCAGCAUGCCUUCAGCCCCUUCUCUGACAUCGUGAACAGCGUUGGGCGGAUGUCUGUCGAAGAGUGCACGCCAGAGACCCUGAAGGAAUUCCUGGGCGAGGUCUUGCGGCGAUGGCACGACGAGCAGACCUCCGACAGCAGCUCCGCUCGCGCGUGCCUGACGUGCGCCUUGACGGUCUGGGUGAAGUUGCUCCGGCCUGGCCAGCACGAGGUUUGGGUCAAAGAGAUUGCGGCCAUGGAGAGCCGGCUUUUGUCGCAAGGGAACGUGAGCAACCUGGGGCAGUUUGCACAGGCCUUAGCAGGCUAUGCACCUGGCAUGGGUCUUUCCCCUGACGAAUGGGAUCAGAUGCUCUCGGUGCUGCGCACGCUCUUCGUGCGGCUUUUUGAAGGUCCCUUGCUGGUCAACACCAAGACUGUGGAGCAGAAGCUGCCCGCGGAUGACAGCUUCACGAAGGAGAACAAGGCUCGCGAAAGCGUGCAGAUGGAUCUGAUGGUCGACCACUGGCCAAGUUUGCUCUCGCACGGAUGCAGCGAAGAGGAGUCAAAUGAGCUUUUCAAGAGAUGCCCCGAGAAGUGGAAAGUGAAAUUGGCUCAGAAGUUGAUCGACUCCUGGUGGGCCCGGUACGAAGAAGAGUCGGUCCGCGACAGCAAGCAGGCGGCUUUCCAGCAAGAACGCCCUGAUGGAGGCUGGCAACAUUCUGGUGGCAAGAAGGUCUCUGAGAUUGUUGUCGGCUCCAUCGUGAGCGGCACCGUGACGAACAGCUCAAACACCUUUGGUGUCUAUGUGAACUUCGGCUGUGAGAAGGAUGGGAAGCUUUCGGUACCACAGACCGACUGGAAGAAGUACAGGGUGGGCGACAAGGUGGAUCGCAUGGUGGUGAACAAAGUGAACGUCGACAGGAAGUUCGUGGACUUGCUGGUGGUCGGCUCGAAGGGGCAAACAGUUGGCUUGGAAGCCUCCAAGAAGGUGGCUCAGAGAGCAUUGAGCUGGAUCUCUGGUAAUUCUGAGCUGAGGAGCACCUUCAUGGUUACCUUGCAGAAGAUGUUAGCCAAGCUCAUUGUGGCCGGCACGGGCGAAGAGUUCGAAACCAGCCUCCGUCUCCUAGGGCCAGCUUUGGACGCCAAAGAAAGCGUGCGCUUGGUGCAGCUGGUCUUGGAUCAGAAGCCUGCCUCUGCAUUGGUUCGUGUAGUGCUCUUGUGGCUCAGCAGGAGCUCUCCAGAGGAUGCAGUGCGCCUGUGGCCCAACCUCAUUCAAACCACGCGCGACAAACCUCAGAGCGAGGACUUCAAGACCUUGCUCAAAUUAUGUGAAGCCAACGGCUUGGAACUUCCCAAAUUCUCUCAGGCCGUGAGCAAAGCUAUGCCAGAAGAAGCCCUGAAAAGUCUUUGUGCUUCAUCUCUUCCUGAGGCACGCUUGGCUGCGAUCCAUGUCCUGCGGGAGCAGCACAAGAGCGGCGCGCCACCUGAGCAGCUGAAGAUCUUAUGCAACGACCAAGUGGCGGUGGUCCGCGCAGCUGCCAGAGACCACUGGGUGGCAUUGGGAGGAAAAGACGAGGGCUGGCAGAAGAAAAAGGAGGCCCAAGAGGAAGAGGAUGAGGAUGAAGAGGGCGCAUGA